UAUAAAAUGCUAAAGUGCACCAAAUAUUAAAAAAGAAGAGAAAAUUGCAAAUGUUGACUAACGAAUGUCUUUGCUGAACUCACCUCAACUCACCGGCAUAAAUUCAACAACUUUGACAUUUAACGCUACCAACAUGACAUCAAUGAAACUCGUAUUUUUUUUUUAUCCCGAAUGUCAAAUCACAAAAGAGUUUUAUAUCCACAAAACAAACUCAAUUUUCAUUCUGAAAAAAUACCAUUUUUUCCGUGAUUUUGUCCAAUUAAUUCGUUCCUAAAAGUGUUGUUCGUAACAAAAAUUCAUUCGAUUUAUAAAAUAUGUAAUCAUCCCGGUUGAUUUGCAACGGAAAAACAACGUUUGUUUGGUGAAAAUUUCUUUGUUUACUGCUUUGUGAGAUUUCAGACGACGAGAAAUAUGCACUCGAAUUACUUCAUGUACACGAUUCCAUCGAACGGAACACAAACCAAUGUCAUUUCAAAUGUAAGCAAUGUGAAACCAGGAUUAGCCACAGUUACCCACCAUCAACAAAACGCAACAAUAACGAAUCAAGCGGCUGUCCAACGAACCAGUGCCAUAUCACAGAAUGCAGUACAUCAGACGGCAAAUGCUCACCACACCACCACCACCAACAGCCAAGAGCUAGUGCCGCCCAAUGAUCACAUGUGUCAAAUUUGCUGCCAGCGAUUUCAAAAGUCGAGCAGCCUGAAGAAACACAUGCGAAUCCAUCAGGCCAGUUCACGUGACAGUGAUAAUAGCCCGUACAAGUGUAACGCGUGUAAAAUUGACUACCUUAAUGUCAUUGCCUUUGAAGAACACAUUAAAACCGAACAUGGCCAACCACAAGCAUUCAAAUGUAUCGAUUGUGGAUGCUUUCGGGCGGUGGAAUUAACAUCAACACAACCAUUUCGAUGCGAAGGAUGCGCUCGACGCAAAUCACAACCGUUCGAAUCGUCUGGUGCGGUUAACUAUCGUAUUACCUCAACUCAAAAUGCAACUAGUUCACAAUUGGUGCAUGUGAAUCAUGUGAAAACACCGAAACUCGACUUGGACUCACUCGUUCAAACCAUGCGAACUGGGAAUGAGAACAACGGCAGUGGACGACGACGAAAACUACAUCAGUGCCCCGAUUGUAACAAAUGCUAUAAACAUCAAAGCACUCUCGCCAUGCACAAGAAAAUACACACAGGAGAAUUUAAAUAUAAAUGUCAAUAUUGCCAAAAGGAGUUUUACCUUGCCGAAUAUUAUAAUAGGCAUAUGAGAGUUCACACAAAGGAAAAGCCCUACCAAUGCGAUGUAUGUGAUAAAGCGUUCUCACAGUCAAACACACUCAUUCAACAUAAGAGAAUCCAUACAGGCGAAAAACCAUACGGAUGUACGAUUUGUGGUAAGGCCUUCAGCGUUCGUGAUUACUUGUUGAAGCACAUAAGAGUCCACACCGGAGAGAAGCCAUUCGAAUGUGAAUUAUGCGGUAAAAAGUACACCCAACGGAGCGGAUUGAAAAGUCAUCAAAAGUCUCAUUACCCUGAGCCGGGUAUGCUGAAUGGAUCUCAAUCACAAUCCCAAGGUCAGAUGCAGCUGCACAAUCUAAUCUGAAUAUUCUGACCACUGAAAAUUUACCGGCACACUGAAAUGAGUUGAAAUCAUUUAAUUCGUAUGAACACAUAGUAUGUUACUUAAAUACUCGCUUCGAAAAUAAGAAAAAUAAUUUGAAUAAAAAGACAUCAUCCUAAAUAAACAAA